AUGCCCCAGUAUCUGACUCAGGAUCAGGUCGACUCUUUCCGUAAGAAUGGAUACCUUCGUGUACCGGGCUUCCUUUCCCCUGAAGAGACAGCAUCCCUCAUGACGCGUGCCAAAGAGCUUCUCGAGGAAUUCGAUCUUUCCGGUCACCCUCUUACGCAAUUCACGACCAGCGAUGACAAUCACGUCGGCGACGAAUAUUUCUUGACCUCUGGCGACAAGAUCCGUUACUUCCUCGAGGAAGGCGUCGUGGGUGAAGAUCGAAAGCUCAACCGACCGAAGGAACGCGCAGUAAACAAGAUAGGACACGCAUUGCAUGAGUUGGAUCCUGCAUUCCGAAAGGCGACCCUCGAGAACGAGCGCAUCCGAGCGGUAGCCCAAGAUCUGCAGUUCCAUCGUGAUCCUGUCGCGUUGCAGUCCAUGCUCAUCUUCAAACAACCUGAGAUUGGUGGUGAAGUGGGCGAGCACAAUGACUCGACGUUCUUGUAUACGGACCCUCCGAGCGCACUCGGUUUCUGGAUACCGCUGGAAAAGUGCACGCCCGAGAACGGUGCACUAUCUUUCUUGCCCGGGUCGCAUCUGACUGCGCCAAUCUCCAAACGGUUUGUGCGCGUACCUGGGGGUGGGACCGGCUUCGAGCAGCUACUGGACUCUGCAGAAGUCAAGCAACCACAAGGAGAGUACAUCAUGGAGUGCACAGAUCCAGGUGAUCUGGUGCUCAUUCACGGGAGUGUCUUGCACAAGUCAGAGCGCAAUCUAUCACAGAAGACGCGAUACGCAUACACAUUCCAUAUGGUUGAAUCCCCGCCUCACGCACGUUAUGACGAGAAGAACUGGUUACAACCCACGCUGGAAAUGCCGUUCUCGCGCGUCCUCCAGAGCCCGAACCCGACUGUGAUCAAGGUGUAA